AUGUUUCCGAUCUGGUUGUACAGCGAAUACAUCGAACCACUAGGAUGCAUUCUCCGGCUCCACGUGGGUGACAAUGACACUGUUUCUUAUCUCACAGACACUAUCCUGUACGAAAAGUUCAAGCCCAAGUUCACCUCCGACAACUUGUACACCGAGCACCUCCAAAUAUUCCACCUGGAAUCUGGGCUCCCAGUCGAACCGGAGAAGACGUUAAAAGAGCGCAAGCGCCAAGUUGAAGGCCAACUCGUCCCAGCGAAGCUCACCUCCGAGAAGGUCCUGGACGACCGCCCUGUUCCAGAUGAAGACAUAGCUCCUGUUGAGCUUUUGUAUGAUGGCUUUGGCCUGUUCACAGAUAUCUUUAACGGCAAGGACAACAUCCCUGGUCUGUCGGAAGUAGAUCGAGCGGGAGUACGAGCAGCAGUUGAUGAUUUUGCAGCCAAGAUGUGUCUCGCCUAUGAGAAGGAAGACGACUGCAGGGACGAAGGCCCGCCCUUGACCGCAUUUUCGCAGCGCGCACAGGCGUCAAGAUUCCUUCUCCACAAGCGGCUUCCACACAGACGAAUGGCCACAAUCUCGGCAAACAUGGCGUGGUUGCAACGGUUGUCGAGUGCAAAAACGAGCCUAUGGGAGACGCUAUACCCGAAGUUGAGCUCGAUGGAGAAUGCCUUGUCUAGGUCUGACCAUCGUUGGUACGAGGCAUCUGGAAUGUUUUAUGUGCUUAACCUGAUCCUUCGAGCCAACCAGGGGAUCGCAUUACGUUCUAUGCUGUCGUUGCUGUUGGUCAUCAGUGUCGACUUAUGCCUCUCACUCCCUCCCUAUCGUGUAUUGAAGCUGCUUCUAGCGGCGCGGAUCGCAAGGCCCUCUACUCUGCCUUCGUUGCUGCUUCUGUCCUACAAGCUCGUAGACAUUGACAAAUUUCUGGCCUCAUCACCCCCCAAGAUUCCACCCAAUGCACAUCGGUAUCCGGCGAUAUCCAGGUUGCGUGAAUACCCCACUGGGUCCGAUGGCUAUCUCUCCUUCCAGAUCCUGCAAUUUUAUCCCGACAGGCAAAGCUACCCACAAUUUUACAUCGCAGAGACGAGUGACAAGCGGAGAAUCCUCGUCAAGUUCGUCAAGUGCUACUCACUCGACCUGCAUGCGCUUUGUGCCCGCCAUGGACACGCUCCGGAGAUUCUCGCCUUUGAGGCCCUGGUGGUUGGCAGGCUAUAG